CACCUAUCUUUCCGAAGAUACGACCACACCACUCACUUCAACCUUCGACAGCUACACGUUUCACGACAAUUCUCCAAUCGUUCUCACCCACCACGCUGAUAAUGUAUACCAACCACUUAGUCUUUACCGCCUUAGCUGCGUUGUUCAGCAUCAGCACGGCGGAUCCAACAUGUGCAGCUGGACAGGCUGGACCUCCUCAAAAGUCCCAAGCCCCAGGUCCGCCUGGUGGAGUGUAUAUGUGCACUGGCUCCAAUUGGUCGGGACAGUGCCAGUAUGUUCAAUCCAUUCCAGGGCAGUGCCACCCUCUAGAGCCUCCAUUCUACCGAUCGACCUCCUCUAUUGGCCCAAAUCCCACGACACAUUGCUGGUUCUGGGACAAUGAUAAGUGCACAGCGGGUGACGCAGCAAAUCCUAACCCGUACAUCAACCUAGUCUAUCCAGGUAACCCUGAUUUACUAGGUCAGGGCUGGAAAGAUAGGGCGCAGAGCUUCAUUUGCGACAUCUAUUAG